UCACUGCUAUUGAAUACUACUAACCUCCAUUUCACGAGAUUUUACAAUUGUUGUAAAAACUCUAUACGAAAAUAGAGAAUAUCAUUAAUAUUAAAAAUGAUAUUCUCUUUGCGUGUAAUAGCUAGUAAAAGCGUUUAUCAAUUUCGUCGGUUUCACAAAUGCAUCGUCGUUUGUCAGACAGAUCCGGCUCCAGCUGCAACGUCAAGACCGAUAGAACCUUUAACUAUUCCAGUCCCAGAAGGUGAAGAUAAACCAGUUAAUCCAAAAGUGGACAAAAUAGCUAACGAUAUAACUAGUCUUAAUCUUAUUGAGGUAAUGCAGCUAAGCGAUUUACUAAAGAAGCGAUUAAACUUGCCCGAUGCUCCGGUCAUACCUGCAGGAGGUUUUGUAGCUGCAACGAAAUCUGAAUCGGAGGAAAUAGAAGAGGCUCCGAAACAAGUAAAAUCUUCGUUUACCGUCAAAUUAAUAAAAUUCGACGAAAAGCAGAAGAUAGCUCUCAUUAAGGAGAUAAAGAAUUUGUUACCUAACACGAAUCUUGUACAGGCUAAGAAAUUCAUUGAAAGCGUACCUGCGGUUGUGAUGACAGAUAUUUCACAAGAAGAGGCAAAUAAACUUAAGGAAUCUAUUGUAAAAGUAGGUGGAGAGGUAGAAAUUUUGUAACUUGUUACUCUACGUUAUAAUUGAACUGUAUGUAUUUUUUACAAAUAAAUUGUACAAAUCAUCGAAAAUUCA